GACAAUCGGGGAAAUUCCAGGACGAAAUUGCAAUCGCUUCAAAUAACAAAACAGUGAUUUUUCAGCUCUUGAGGAUUAACUUGUCACCUUCCAAUUCACGAUAACUGAUUACUUGCCUCAGAUAAGUCCGCGAUUCGAUAAGAUAAUGCCUGAUUCCUUUGCAGUCCACUCAUUGUUUGAACCGAACUAAAUGAGCAAAGCGUCUCAAGGCAUGAUCUCAUCACCAACAACCACAUAAUGUUGGACAAAGUGUUCUGGGUUCUACUGGUCGGGUUGCUGCCCUUUUGCAGCGAAUUUUUGGCGGAUACGGACAUCGAGUAUCCCACACUGAAUCCAAACUCCAGCUACUGCUUCGAGUAUACCUGGUACGGGCCUGAGUAUGACAACAACAGCAGAACCAAUGAUACCUGCGAUGACUUCAAAGAUAACACCAGGGCUGGAGACUCGAUUCCUUGCGCCCCUCCCUUGGUGAUUUCAGAAGAUGGAACGCUGCCGAAUGUGGGAUGGCUUUGGAACAACCAUCGGGCCAGUGUACUGUGCAGGAAGGCGGAAAAUCAAGCCUGCGUGACUUACACGUUCUGGGAAAACGGACUCAUUCAGAACCAGACUCACAUGUGCGCCAGAGUGAGAACCAAACAAGCCGCUGCCAUUCCUCUGGAUUGCUUCCGACAGAAAAACGACGGCUACGAAAUUGAGCUUUGCGUCUGCAAAGGCGGCAUAGGCCUCAGCCAGAUGCCCUGCAACAGCCCCGCCGUCAGUUGCAGCCCCUUUGGGACUACCACAGUCCUCGUUUUUAUUGGCUUCCUCAUCAGCUGGCUCCAAUAGCCCCAACCGCAUGAAUAAACUGUUUUUAUCAUA